GAGGCUCAGCAGCGGCAGGCGGCGUCGCCGCACGAUGGACACGUUCUCCUGGUGGGGGCUGUGGCUCCUGCUCGCCUUGGCUUGCCUCCGAGGAGCGCGCGGUACAAGAGUAACAUGUGAUGAAUCUCAGUUCCAGUGUCAUAAUGGCCGCUGCAUAACUCUGGUGUGGAAGUGUGAUGGGGAUGAAGACUGUUCUGAUGGCAGUGAUGAACUAUCCUGCGUGAAGAAGACAUGUUCUCCAUCAGAUUUUGUGUGCCAGAAUGGUCAGUGUAUACCAAACAGAUGGCACUGUGAUGGGGAUACUGACUGUGAAGAUGGUUCUGACGAACGUUCUGAACUAUGCUACAAAAGAAAUUGUGGAGUAGGUGAAAUGAGUUGUGGUCCUCGAACAAAUCGGUGUAUCCCAGUGACCUGGAAAUGUGAUGGUGAAGAUGACUGUGGUGAUGGUGAAGACGAAGAUAAUUGUGCCAAUGUAACUUGUAGUCCAGAAGAUUUCACAUGUGCCAAUGGGCAGUGCAUCUCAAAAGACUUUGCCUGCAAUGGGCAAGAAGACUGCAGCGAUAGUAGUGAUGAGGUAGGCUGUACAGCACCUACUUGUAGAGUAGGUGAGUUCCAGUGCAAAAGUGAAAGUGACACCUGUAUCCCAGGGAACUGGGUUUGUGAUGGUGAAGCCGACUGUACUGACUGGUCAGAUGAAUCUCCAGAGCAAUGUGGUCGCCAACCUGUCCGUACUGUGAAAUGUGUCGAGGGUGAGAUGCCGUGUGACUCGGGAGAUGAAUGUUUUCACAAGAAGUGGCGUUGCGAUGGGGACACUGACUGCAAGGAUGCAAGUGAUGAGAUCAAUUGCCCUUCUCGGACAUGCAGACCUGACCAAUUCAGAUGUGAGGAUGGCAACUGCGUACAUGGGACCAGACAAUGUAAUGGUGUGAGGGACUGCAUAGAUGGAUCUGAUGAAGUGAACUGUCAAGCAGCUAAUCAGUGUACUGGACCUGGGAAAUUCAGAUGCAGGAGUGGGGAAUGCAUAGAUUCCAACAAGGUAUGCAACGAGAAACAGGACUGCAGAGACUGGAGUGAUGAACCUCUCACAGAAUGCAACAUAAAUGAAUGCUUGGUGAACAAUGGAGGCUGCUCUCAUAUCUGCAAAGACAUGGUUAUAGGCUACGAAUGUGAUUGUCCUGCUGGCUUUGAGUUGAUAGACAGAAAAACAUGUGGAGACAUUGAUGAAUGUCAGAAUCCUGGUAUCUGCAGUCAGAUCUGCAUCAAUACAAAACUGGGCUACAAAUGUGAAUGCAGCCGUGGCUACCGAAUGGAUCCACAAACUGGAGUAUGCAAAGCAGUUGGAGGAGAACCCAGUCUGUUUUUUACUAAUCGCUGGAGCAUCAGGCAUUUUGCCCUAGAAAGGCAGGACUAUACACAGCUGAUAGGAGACCUGAGAAAUGUUGUUGCCCUGGAUGCUGACAUGGCUGAGCACACAAUCUUCUGGGCUGACGUUGGGCCAAAUGCUAUCCUCAGUGCCUCAAUUACAUCUAGUAACAAACCAGUGGAGCACCACCGGAUUGUAAACAAUGUGCAGAACCCUGCAGGAAUCUCUGUUGACUGGAUUUACAAGAACAUCUACUGGACUGACUCUUCUCUCAAGUCCAUAUCUGUGGCUAGCCUUGAUGGUACUAAGAGGAAAGAACUGUUUAACACUGACUUAAGAGAGCCAGCCUCAAUUGCUGUAGAUCCACUAUCUGGCUUCAUGUAUUGGUCUGAUUGGGGUGAACCAGCCAAAAUUGAAAAAUCAGGGAUGAAUGGACUUGGCAGGCAGCAACUUGUGACAACAGAUAUUGAGAGGCCCAAUGGGAUUGCACUAGAUCAUGUAAAGAAGCGUCUUUACUGGGUUGAUUCUAAGCUGCAUAAGAUGUGCAGUGUGGACAUGAAUGGGCAAGAUCGUAGGAUUGUGUUGGACUCCCAUGAAUUCCUUGCUCAUCCAUUUGCUCUAGCAAUAUUUGAGGACACUGUUUACUGGACUGAUGGGGAAAAUGAAGCGGUGUAUGGUGCAAAUAAGUUUACAGGAGCUGAACUGGAAACAUUAGUAAACAACCUGUAUGAUGCUCGGGACAUCAUUGUGUAUCAUGCACUUGUACAACAAACAGGAAAGAACUGGUGUGAAGAAGAGAAAAUGACAAAUGGAGGCUGUGAAUAUUUGUGUCUGCCUGCUCCCCAGAUAAACGACCAUUCUCCAAAGUAUACUUGCACUUGCCCUGAUGGAGACACAUUGCAAGAUAAUGGUUUAAGAUGUAGAGGUACAGGAACUUCUGUGGCUUACACUGAGGCAAAAGAGAGCAGCAGAACAGAAAAAACACCGGGACCACUUUCUGGAGGACAAAAUCAGAGCAGUCCAGUGACGGAAGAGCUGGCUUCUUCCAAAAGUUCUUCAGCAGCAUGGGCUAUUCUUCCUGUAUUAUUAUUGGCGAUGGCGGCUGCAGGUAGCUACUUCAUGUGGCGUAACUGGCAACACAAGAACAUGAAAAGCAUGAAUUUUGACAAUCCAGUGUACUUGAAAACAACAGAAGAGGACCUCUCUAUAGACAUUGGAAGACACAGCAGUUCAGUGGGACAUACAUAUCCAGCAAUAUCAGUUGUAAGCACAGAUGAUGACUUAUCUUGAGUACUCAGCCAGUAAUUACCUUCUAGUCUUCUUGUGUUCUACACUUCUUGGAUGGUAGCCAGACCAGUGGCUGACGGAUUCUUUCCCAUCCUGGAAAAAUGAAGAUACGUGGAACAAGUUCACAAACCAUUUUCAUACAUUCUGUCUACAACAAUUCAACUUUUAAUAGUUACUGGUUACCUGUAACCCUUUAAUAAAAUAAGUAUUGCCACCACUGGCUAUGUAUAAAGCACUUUCCAAAAGCCAUAUUGAAGUAACAAGUGCUACAGAAGUACUACCUGUAAAUAAUUGUACAGGCCCAAUUGUAAAUCUUCCUGAAGAUAGUCUAUUAAGCACUUUGGAAAAACAUUUCAAUGUAAAUUAUUGUAUAAUUGUUUUUUUUCAAUGGUUGGGCAAUGGCAAUAGGAGAAAACGGGUUACUCAGAUGAAUUGCCAAAAAUUUGUAAACUUUAACUUUUGUAUGAAUUGUGAAUUUGUCCUCCCUGAACCACCUACAGGGGUGUGCAGAGGACAACUGCUCUGUAUCAGAAACCACUGUAAAUUUCAACACUGAAAUGAAAUUAA